AUGGCGGAUCUACACUCCUCCUACAGGAAGAACGGGAGCAAGCUCUUCAUCGGGCAGGCGCAGAGGUUUCUCUGGCGAGGACUCUGGCCAACGAUUCGGAGGUGCUGCUUCUCGACUAGCCGACCAGCGUUUUGGAUCCAAUUUCGAUGCAGAAUGUUGAAGAUGUUCUAG